AUGUAUCGUUAUACUCCACCGAAUUAUAGAGCACCCAAAGAACUGAUCUUCAGAAACCAGUCUGAGUUGAUUUCGCCAGCUGCGUUCAGUCAGCAACAGCCUUCAUGUGGAAUAGUUCUACUUGCAACUCCUAGAGCAUCCAAAGGUCUUCCAGAGAUUUUACAGGAACAAACCUCCUUUAGCCAUCAGUACAACGCCAGAGACUCUGCUAAUGAACUCAUCCGAGGAAAGCGACAUGGAGCUUUUGUGUGUGCAGAGAUAAAACCAGCAAGUGAACAGCCAAAAACAGAGAAAGGAAACUCAGUGAAAAGCCGAAUGACCUCACCCAGUCUCUUCCUGCAGAAUUCCUAG